UCCGAUUCGGUCACCGGUCAGACUGUCGUCGACCCGAAGGGAUACUUAACUGAUUUACAGUCAAUGAUUCCAAGCCAUGGCGCAGAUAUCAGUGAUAUUAAAAAAGCGCGACUACUGUUGAGGUCAGUCCGGGAGACAAACCCGAACCACUCGCCCGCUUGGAUAGCUUCGGCUCGACUCGAAGAAGUGACCGGGAAAUUACAAACGGCUCGCAAUCUAGUGAUGAAAGGCUGUGAGAUGUGUCCCAACUCUGAGGACGUGUGGAUAGAGGCGGCGCGUCUCCAACCGGCAGACUUAGCGAAGUCAGUGAUAGCUCAAGCCGUCCGUCAAAUACCGACAUCCGUUCGACUUUGGAUUAAAGCCUCGGAAUUAGAGCAGGAAAUGAAAGCCAAGAAAAAGAUAUUCCGUAAGGCUUUAGAACACAUCCCGAAUUCGGUCCGAUUGUGGAAAGAGGCGGUCGAACUCGAAGAGCCCGAAGACGCGCGCAUACUAUUGAGUCGAGCGGUCGAGUGCUGUCCCACUAGUGUUGAGCUAUGGCUCGCACUCGCGAGACUCGAGACCUACGAUAACGCACAGAGAGUACUGAAUAAAGCCCGAGAAAACAUUCCAACCGAUCGACAGAUUUGGAUAACAGCCGCCAAACUAGAAGAAGCGCAGGGAAAGACACCAAUGGUUCAGAAAAUCAUUGACAGAGCCAUCACGUCGUUCACGGCUACGGGCGUCGAAAUAAAUCGCGAGCAAUGGCUUAAGGAUGCGAUGGAAACGGAAAAGUCUGGAUCUGUUCAGACGUGUCAAUCGAUUGUGAGGGCUGUCAUCGGGUACGGCAUCGAUGACGAGGACCGGAAGCACACGUGGCUCGAAGACGCCGAGAAUUUUGCGAACCAGGAUGCUUUUGAAUGCGCCCGAGCUAUAUAUGGUCACGCGAUUAAGACAUUUCCCUACAAGAAGUCCAUUUGGUUGAGAGCCGCGUAUUUCGAGAAAAAUCACGGAACGAGAGAAAGCCUUAAGAGUCUAUUACAGGACGCCGUCCGCAACUGUCCGCAGGCAGAGGUCUUGUGGCUAAUGGGCGCUAAGUCCGAGUGGUUGGCCGGUAAUGUCAAGUCCGCGCGAGACAUACUGUCGCUCGCCUUUAAGGCCAACCCAAACAGUGAGGAGAUUUGGUUGGCGGCCGUUAAGCUCGAGUCUGAGAACGAAGAGUACACCAAAGCCAAGAAAUUGCUGCAAAAGGCCCGACAGAGUGCUCUCACCGCUCGAGUUGUGAUGAAGUCCGCGAAACUCGAGUGGCAGUUGGGAAACAUCGCCGAAGCGAAGGCACUGCUCGUCGAAGGCAUCGAGAAAUACCCCAAUUAUCCGAAGCUAUGGAUGAUGUCCGGACAGAUCGCACAACAGGAACGACUAAUCGAUUCGGCCAGAGAUGCCUUCGCUAAUGGUCUCAAGAAUAAUCCCACGUCUGUUCCGCUUUGGAUACUAUUGGCACGACUUGAAGAGAAAUGUGGAGCUCUUAUUAAAGCGCGUUCUGUCUUAGAAAGGGCUCGACUUCGGAAUCCCAAGUGUCAGGAGUUAUGGUUGGAAUCAAUUAGAGUCGAGAAAAGGGCUGAAGAGAACAAAAGCGUUACUAUGCCUAUAGCUAUGCCAAUGAUGGCCAAAGCCCUACAAGAAUGUCCUCAAAGCGGUCUCCUUUGGUCUUCGGCUAUAUUUAUGGAAAAUCGUCCGCAAAGACGGAGUAAAAGUGUGGACGCAUUGAAACGCUGUGAACACGACUCGAAUGUAUUGCUCGCGUGUUCUCUACUCUUUUGGACCGAAAGAAAACUGAAUAAAUCUCGCGAAUGGUUUAACCGAACGCUCAAAAUAGAUCCCGAUUUCGGCGAUUCGUGGGCUUAUGCUUACAAAUUCGAAGUUCUUCACGGAUCCCAAGAACAACAGGAAGACAUUAAGAAGAGAUGUUGUGCUGUUGAGCCCAGACAUGGAGACAACUGGUGUCGGGUUUCCAAAGACGUGUCCAAUUGGAGGCUCACGACUGAAGAGAUUCUCGAGAGAACCGCUAAUUUGUUGCCGAUUCCCACAUAA